AUGUUCAAGGCAAUGUCCAAUAACAGAAAGGUCAGGCGAUAAAACCCUGGAAUAGAGAAAGAAAACAUUGACAUUUCUUAAAAUAGCUAUGAGAAGGUACCUGAAAGUCGAAAGCUACUACGUUAAUGAUGGUGGGAAGCCCAAAGAUCAAUGACCGAAUUUUGUCACUCCUAAGGUGCAGGACAUCGAAGAAGAGAACAAUUGUCGUUGGACUGAAAUCCGAUAACUGCAGCAGACAAAUGCUACUCCGGUUACUCACUUUGGCGGUCUUGCCGGGGGACAAUGUUCUGGCUGUUCAUGUGCAGGAACCAGAUGACACCUUCGACACAAAUACUUUCCACAUUCAUGAAGAUCUCUGCAAGUCCAAACAGGUGGAUUUCCAGGUCAAGAUUUGUAUAGGAGAGUCCUACAUUGCUGAAUUAACCAAUCAAGUACGAAUUAACUUCGCAACAAUACUUGUACUCGGUUGCAGCACUCCAUGGCCCAAAGAUUCACUGGUCUCUAAUUGCUUUAAAGCAUUACCUCCCACUUGUUCUCUUCUGGUAAUGGAUAAUGGGGGAAGAAUACUAGUCCAGAAGCCUGGAACUUCCCAGCAAGGCUCCACAAACAGAGUGCUUCAAUCGUCUUUGUCAUCUGUAUCGAAAUGCACAAACUGUGACCAGUCAGGAACUGCCCGUCAGAUCCAAAAAUCAUUGACAAUGCCAUCUUCCUCAACAUCAUCAUCACUACGACAAGCAGAAAAUACGAGACAGCACAGUGUUAAGAAAACAUUGCAGCUUCCCAGCUUCAUGAAACAGAAACUAUCUCAAAGACUGGCUAACCUAGAAGCUAAAGAAUCCGGAAAGCGCUUCACGUCAUCAGAACUUAAUGCUGCAACUAAUAAUUUCAGCCCUGAAAUGCUUAUUGGAGAGGGUGGGCACAGUAAGGUUUACAGGGCAAACCUUGUUGACGGUGAGGCUGCAGCUGUGAAAGCCCUCAAGACCACACUAUCUUCAGCUGAGGAUCUCCUUCAAGAAGUGGAAAUUCUGAGUGGCCUAAAACAUGAGAACAUAGUCCAGCUUAUUGGUUACUGUUACAGUAAAGAGCUGCAUGCUGUAGUCUACAAUCUACUAAAGGGAAGCUUGAGGCAGAAAUUAAAACAUCUCAAAUGGAGUGAGAGGAUGACAAUUGCAAUUGGCGUGGCAAAGGCACUGGAGUACCUUCAUUCUUUCUCUCCCCCCAUCAUUCACAGAGAUGUGAAGUCAUCUAACAUUCUCCUAUCUGACAAUUUCCAACCACAGCUUUCAGAUUUUGGAACGGCAAUGUUACAUCAACAAACUCAGCAAGCUUCAGCAUAUGCAAUGCCAUCUCAUGUUAUCGGAACCUUUGGAUACUUAGCCCCGGAGUACAUGAUGUAUGGCAAAAUUGAUGAAAAGAUAGAUGUGUAUUCUUACGGGGUUGUGCUCCUGGAGCUAAUCACUGGGAAAGAAGCUAUUGAAACAACCCAGACAUCUAAUCAUGAAAGCUUAGUACUCUGGGCAAGGUCUUUACUUAGUCGUGGCCUAUGCGAACGCCUGAUUGAUCCCUUCCUGAAUGAAGACUACAGGAAGGAUGAGAUGAAAGCAAUGAUGAUUGCGGCACGCCUCUGUCUCUUGCAUUCAUCAUCUAGAAGGCCAUCAAUCAAGACGAUCCUGCAGUUAUUUGAGGAGCCAGAGCACUGGCUAAAUAUGCAGAGGAAGAGAGAGGAGCUCAUCAAUAGGAUUAGUUCCACAGGUAAAUCAGGGUUGUGGAGACAUGACGACUCGGAUGCUGAUGGACCUUUGGCUGUAGACAAUUACUAGUCAUUCUUUGUCAACUUAUCAUUCAGCACGAUGUAUCAAAAUUUGAUUACCUGAAAUGCCGGAAAGCUUCCCAAAUAAUUCAAGUUGGGCAUCUUCUCAUUUAGAAGAAAAAUGAAAAUAUUGCAAUGUAUAACUUCAUGACAGAUUAAACCCUUGUAAGACACCCUUAAGAUCAGCUCCAGUCCUUCCUCUCUCCUCUUGUAAGAAACCCUUAACUUAAGUUGGGCAUCUGCAGCAUUUAGAAGAAAAAUGAAUAUUGCAAUGUAUAACUUCAUGACAGAUUAAAACCCUUGUAAGACACCCUUAAGAUCAGCUCCAGUCCUUCCUCUCCUCUUUGUAUUUCACUAACUGCAAUGUAAAUACAGUAAACCUACGAGGACCAAAAAAGUCUCCUUACUACCAGAGGAAAUGAAUAAAUGAACCAUUUGACAUUAUUUCAAUAGCAGUAUGCCUGCCAAUAUAUCAAAGCUUUCAACUAGUAUUCUAGUUGUGAAUGACUUUUUUUGUGA